AUGACCUUUUCUAAACUCUUCCCUGGCUCCAAACACUUUUCUCUGUCUUUUUUUUUUCUGUAUUUCUCUUUGUUUGGUUCGUUGUUUCUUUCUUUCUUUCUUUCUUUCUUUCUUUCUUUUCUAUAUACUGCCUUUCUACCCAUUUUGCAUCUUUUCUUUCUUUUUUUUCACCGACUCUUUUUAUCCAUUUUACAUUUUUUUUCUUUGCUUUUCUUUCUUUUUAUUAAUUUAUUCUAUCUAUUUCUUUUUCCUUUUUUUUAUCUCAAAUUGCCGUUUUUCUCUAACUCUUACUUUCUGUAUUUCUCUCUAUCUUUCUUUCUGUCUCGCUAUUUCUUUUUUUUUCUUUUUGUCAUCAUUUCCUCCCCUACUCUCUAUUUGUUUGACGCAUCACUACAUCCCGCCAAUGCCACGUUUGUAACCAACCACAUCAAGUCCCGUACCAUCCAUAUCCUGUCUCAUCACCCGCUCAAAUCUCCCACCCACCGUGAUGCAGCACCCUCCUCUCUAAAGCAUCCGGCGUUGCUCUAUUUAGUCCUCCUGAGCUCUGAAGGGUCAAGGGUUUGGCGACCUUACCCAAUGAUUGAUGUCUAUCUAGAAUUUCUGAUCGUCUAUAUCCGGCCAAACUGA